AGUCCGUUUUAAACCUCAGACAGAAGGAAAAACCUCCGCUAGAACAACCCUGCUGCAGGACUUCCAGAACCCGGUUCUGAUCCAGAAGGUGUUUAUAUGGGAGCAAACGGAGAGGAGGAGGUUCUGCACAGCUUUCUGUUCUUCAGAGGAGGAGAAAACUGCAGCUGAGAAGUUCCUGCUGCUUCAGAUCUUUGCUGGACUCUGAGGACCAAACAGAAGCAGGAGGAGCUUUUUGCACAUCUUGAAGUUUUCAGCAGGGAGGCUGUGAUGGUGAACAGCAGGGUGGAGGCGCCCACCGUGGCGGUGAUGGGUGGCGGGGCCGGCGGGCCGGGGCCCAGCAGGUCGUGUGCAGGAUGCGGAGGACGGAUCUCGGACCGCUUCCUGCUCUUCUCCAUGGAGCGCUACUGGCACACCCGCUGCCUGAAGUGCUCCUGCUGCCACGCCCAGCUGGGCGAGUACAGCAGCAUCUGCUACAGCAAAGGAGGCAUGAUCCUCUGCAAGAACGACUACAUCAGACUCUUUGGACACAGCGGAGCCUGCAGCGCCUGUGGACAGUCCAUACCUGCCAGUGAGAUGGUGAUGCGAGCUCAAGGCAGCGUUUAUCACCUGAAGUGUUUCACUUGCGCCACCUGCAGGAACCGCCUGGUCCCCGGCGAUCGCUUUCAUUACAUCAACGGGACGAUUUUCUGCGAACACGACCGACCUGGGGGAGGUCUGCUGACCGGACACUCUGCUCCACUGCAGGCUAACGGCAUCAUGUCGGAUCAGAAGGUCUGCUGAGGACAACGACAUGAAACCACACGUGCCUUCUCCUUCCUGGUUCUUCUACUCAUCUUCAUCCUCCAACUGUUUAUCCUCCUGCUCCUCAACAAAAACCCAGUGAACUGCUCUCUGCUGAGAAGGCUUUGAAGAGUCAUGAUGGACCAGUCCAAAGGACUGACCCCAUUGCUGCUGAUGAGCCCCCGGUUUGGCCUGAAGAGGAAAGACUGUCUGGCUUUAGGGGGAAUCCAGCAGCCUCAAGUGGACUCUUGACAGAACCGGCUGCGCUACAACAGAAAUGUGACGCAGACCUUGUUGAUUAUUGGUUCGAUCUGUAUACAUUCUUGUUCUUGUAAAUAAAGCUUGUUCCAUCAUCAGUU